AUGGGAGAAUGUUAUAGCAAGAAAUCUGUGGUCCCAGAGUCUGAAACAUCAGAGAAAAGCAGCCCGUCAUCAAGCAGUUCAGAGUCAGAUAUAGAACCAAAAAACCAAGCAUCGAGAGAGCCCCUGAAACCUGGAUGGAAGCCGUUUACCUUGAUCCAGCUUGAGUCCUUGGAGAGUUGCCUGCAGGAAGCAGAAGAGAGGGCUAAAGCUUUAUCCGAACAGCUUGCAGUCUCUGAAGGAACAAAAUCAAAACUGCUUAAACAAGUUUCCUCGCUGGAGGAGAAACUACAGGCUUUGGGCCAUAAGGAAGCCAGUGGGGAACCGUACGAGAAAGUGGUUCUUGUGAAAGAACAGUACAUUGAGAAAUUACAAGCUGAAGUCAAGUCUUCCCAGGAGCAACUUAUAGCCCAUAAAAUAAAGCACAAAAAGAAAAUGGAAAAGCUACAUAUUGAUUUGGUAACAGCUAAGCAAGAGGCUGCCAUCACAGUCCUGGAGCUCAAUGAGAAGAUAAAGGCUCUAUGUGAAGGAAAGGCAGCCCCUAGAGAAGGCAGCCUGAUGAUGGAAGAGUUCUCUGGAGGUCUCCCACCUGUGGAAGAAGGUGAUCGCAAAAUCAGCCUGAUCAUGGAAUUGUCCACCCAGGUUUCCCUUCAGACUGAGAAGAUCACUCAGCUGGAAGAAGUUUUAGAGGAAAAGGAAAAGAAGAUUGAGCAGCUGGAAGCCGAGCGGAGAUUCUAUUCUUCCCAAGGGGCCGAGGACCCUCCACCAUGUUUAUAA